AGAACACGUUGAACACGGCGGCCGCCGCUCCGUGUGGCUCAGCGUCGUCAGCAAACAGCCAGGACGCCAGGAAAACCAAGAUGGCGCGUCACGCCUCCUUCAACAUCACGCCCACUUCAGUCGCUGUGAUGCGGCAGGUCAGCUCGGCCCCGAGCAGCCCACGCUGUCACCCUCCGGGUUUGUCCAACCAGAAUACAGACUUUUCCAGAAUGACUGUCAGCAACAGCUCAGUGUGUCAACUGCAAUUCGGAAGCAGCACAGACAGCCACCUCAACACACUGCUGUACAGCCCCGCCUCCUCCGCACCGCCCACCGUAAUGCCGACGCAGCACAACCCCGAGACCCUCCUCCUCCCGUCGCCCCACUGCUUGGCCUACCUGCCCAGCCUGUCCCAGCCCUCGGUGGUCAUGCUCUACAGGCGGCCGGACGAGCAGGAACGUCCGGCCGAAGCUCCGAGAUCAGCUGAAGCUCCGAGGUCGGCCGGGCCGGCUCACGGGGAGGAGAGGAAGCGGAGGUUGGAGGAGAGCGAACAAGAUUCAGAGGUGGCGGGAAGAAAGAAAGCAAAAUCCCUGUUUGAGGGACAGACGGGAGCAGAACCUGUGGGGUAUGCAGACUGGUCUCAAAAUAAGGCUGAGGCGUCGUCAAACCUUCCUGUCCAGCAGAGGGCAGCAGAGAGUCAAAGCAGCAGCAUGGAGCACAGCCAGCCAUCACACUACCUCUAUGUGCCCAACAACACAGGAUUUAACGGCCUGAACUUCCUCAUCCCAGCUGGACAGCCAGCAGCCAGCGUCUCACUCCCUCCCACCAUGGCGCUGCCCUACGUGCUGCUCCCUUCAGCCGCCAUCACCCARUACCCCCUGUUGGCCGGCGGCAUGCAUCAGCAGAGCUCCGAGAAUCCCACCAAACUGGGCUUCGGGCUGCCCGCCGUGAUGUCGCCCGCCCACUUCAUGGUGGGGGCGUCGCCGUACGACGCGGAGGUCAGCGGUUCACCGCGUCAGUCGCCGGCGACUCCGGACGUGAGCAGGCGUCGCGCGUCGGCCGUGGGCACACCGCACUCUCCCUCGGGGCCCGGGCAGCCCGUCAGCGUGAACGCACAGGAACUGCUGACUCCACACACGCCGAAGGAAACGCCAACUUCGUCUUCCAAUGCUUUCUUCCAAACCCCGGGAACUCUGAGACGUGGAGUCCCAAACGGCCGGAGACGAGGCUCAGCGCAGAGGAGGCUGGACGUCAGCCACCCGACGGCUUUCCAAAGGGACGGCGACUUGUCGUAAACGUGUUCUCGUGACGCUCAGGUGUGAAUCACAAAAAGGAAAGGGAAAAUGGUUCAAAAAAUUUUCCACGCUCAGAUUUAGGCAGCGGAAAGGAGGCCAGAGGUUGUAGCGAAAAACUGAUUUGACUUGAAAUAAACUUGUUUCAGAAAGAUGAAAGGUUUUAAAUUGAUUUCAACUUGUAAAUAAAUUUCAGUUUUGUGUUAAUAGCAACAGUUAACACAAGCCUCAUGGUUAGAUUAUUAUGGGAUGCAUCAGAGGAAACAAGGGAGGCAGUAUUGCAAAGAGCACCCGUGCGCUCCUGUGGUGGGAGUUGGUCACUGCUGUACUUUUAAUGUUUCCCUCCCGGACAUGAUCAAGCUACCUAAGCCCUCUUAUUCUAUGUAUUAUAGCCUAAUUGCUAUUUAUACUUUAGAUAAUAUAUGUUGAUUACAGCGACUGUAAUAGAACUUUUAGGGUUUUUUUCUGUAUCACUAAGCAUUUAUUCUAAAUUCAAUGCUUUUUGGUUUACUUAUUUUCUCAGAUUUGUUAWAUUUUGAAGGCGUAAUAGGAAAUCUACCUGCUACUAGUGGUAGGACAAUCCUGCUUCAUUUUAAACAUUUCUCUGUGGAGGUUAAAAAAAAAUCACUAAAGCCUUAAAAAGUUUACAGCCUUUCAAGUAUCUGAACAGAUGUAUUUGCUGUGUUACCGUGUUUUCACUAUGUUCAAGUGCCAAAAGGUUAAACACCAAACCCUGRAACUGUUACUGGUGACCAAAUGAAAAUGUGACAAUGCUCUCAGGUACUUGAAUACUAGUAAUAAAUAAAAUAUAUUUAUAUCAGAGUAUUGUAUGAGGGACAAAACGUUUCAUUUUACGGGGGAACACAAGGAGCUGUUAUGGUUCUUUUUUUUCCCAUUUCUGGAUCGUGUUACUCCAGCUACAGAACUUUAAAGCAAUAGUCUGGUCACUUGAAAUGAUGUUCUGUCAAAAAGUUAUCAGUCGUGACAUCAGCAUGGAGGAAGAGGCUGAAGUCUUCAUCCAGGCUAGGCUAACAGCUAGCCACAUGGUAGUCUCUUUUAUUAUUUUCCAGGCUUCUAAAACAACUUCCUCAAAAAUGUGAUGUAAAGGAUUAGUUAAUAUUUAACUGCGACACGUGAAGGAUUACCAACUACGGUCUAACACUUAAUUUGAAACAUGAUUAAUUAGGAUUACAAAUGGAUGGAAAACAGCCAGUAAAGUUCCAGAAACGUACAUCCCAAAUUGAAGCUUUUGCAUGGAAAUUAAAUGGGGAAUUAUAUUAUWGUAUAUUAUAGUAAAAUUAUAGCAUUUUACACUGAUGUUGGUUUUUAAGGAAGACUUGUUUAAUAAGCCUGAAAAAUAGUACAUUAUUGGCUUUUGUUUGGUUAGCAAUUAGCCUAGCCUGGAUGAAAACUAUAGCCUAGUUCUCCACAUUCUGCCAGAUAAAAUAUUAACUUUUGAUAAUUUUUUGACAUAACAUCACUUUAAGAAUACAUGCUUUUGGGAAAAGGAUGUUGUCCAUCUCCCUCAAGUUCCUCAAUAGUUUUUAUUGAAACGCCUUUAGAUUUUCCAUCAGAAAUCUCGGUGCUCUGUACAGCUCAUCCACACUGAGCUUUUGGUCAUUCCUGUAUAAUUUGUCAAUUUUUACUAUUCUCAUUUACAGUGUUAUGUUGAAUGUCAAUGGAAACUUACACACGCAGAAUGUUUAAAGCUGCUUUUGUUAUGAAAUCAACAACUACAUUCAGAGUUCGAGGAGCUGACUUGUUUGAAAACUGUUUGCUGUUCCAUCACUGUGGCUCUGCUCUCUGUAGUUCCAGGCUGUACUGGUGUUUUUCACUAACKUUAAAUAAAAUGUAUGUUUUGUAAUGUUU